CACGUUAUGAUUGAUUGAAAUAAACCCUACUCCGAGGAGUGUUCUUGAGCUUGAGAGCCUGAGUUUUGGUCUUGGAUUUCGUCUUAUACUUGCAGACCUAGAGAUCAAUUUCAUCACCAUUGAUCUCGUGGUAAAUCUCUACCCAAUCUAGCCUCUUCCCUCUUGUGUUGAAGUUGCUUGUUUGGGUUUCUUUCCUUCAUCGAUCCAUCAUCCCCUGUUCAUACUAUGAAACCACCACAAACACCAGAACCUCUCCCUAAGCUGCGUGAUUCUUAUUCGAGUCCUAACAUUGGGCUCAUCAAGUGGCAUCAUCGCCUGGUUCAAACUCAGCGGCAACAACGAAGAAACAAGAAAUUUGACCUGUUGCAGCAAGAACGGGAAAGAAGGACCCAAUCGCACUGCGGAUUCCGAGUCUGAGGAGGAAAUUCGGUUUGAGGAUUCUACGAUGGUAGGACAAUAGAUUCACACCGCAGAGCUGUUACAAACGAUCAUAGCCCAAUUGAAUGUCACUUUCCAGGCUCAGUUUGAUAACAUUCAACAUCAAAUGGGAGGAACUAAAAGCGCCGACGACAAUAGAGCCAAAGUCCACGAGAAUGGCGACGAGGCACGAGGCGAUUCCUGAAGGAUAUUGUGAAUGCAGUCCUCGGGCUCUUGACGAGAUAAUCCGGAACCUGGAGCACCAACUGUUCUUUCCCAGGAACCAUCAUCGUGAUCAAAAUCACGAAUUCCGUGAUUAUGAUCACCGACCACCAGAAAUAGGGGGCAUCGACGGGCUCCGAGGGUUCAAACUUAACAUUCCCUCGUUUCAAGGAGGCCUCAAUCCAACAGACUACUUGGAUUGGAAAAGAAAACUACACUGACGAGCAGAAGGUUACGCUUGCUGCUUACGAAUUUGGAGGCUACGUCGCCGCUCGGUGGGAGCAGGUGCGCAUAAAACGAAGGAGGAUUGGCUUUUCUCAUGAUCAGAGUUGAUAUUCGAGAGGAUAAGGAAGCCACCAUCAGCCGAUUUUUACAUGGUCUCAAUAGAGACAUUAAAAAUCAAGUGGAGCUCUUCCCAUUCAUGGAAAUUGAAGAAGUUGUCCAGCUCGCCGUGAAAGUAGAGAAGCAAAUGAAGCAGUAGAGCUUUGGCAGGAGGUUUCCUCCAGCUAACAGUUCCCCUAAGCCAGUUUCAGAGCCCGAACUGAAGCCUAAACUGCCUAGGACCAUGACCAGGAAUGUCACACCAGCUGCUCAAGAAAGGCAAGAGCUUUUCGUGGCAACAUUCAUUAUUUUAAGUGCCAUGGUUAUGGGCACAAGGCUCACCAAUGUACCAAUCAGAAGGUGUUGGUACUCCGAGAUGAAAAUUACUACUAUGAGGAUGAAGAAAAAGAAGAGAAGAAGCUUGCAGGAGACGCGGAGGCCGAAGAGGAGAUGGAAGUCGUUGAUGGACCAUUGCUAGUAAUUCGUAGGGCUUUGACAAACAAAGAAGAGGACUUACCCAUUGUGGACUAGAGGAGCAACCUAUUUCACACAAGGUUUCAAGUGCAGGGUUAGAUUCUUACCUUCAUUGUGGAUGGAGGAAGCUGUGCAAACGUGGUAAGUCUUGACACCGUCUAGAAGCUCGGGCUGGACAUGAUUCCCGUCCCCGAGCCAUAUUCUUUUCACUGCUUAGUGAUCACGUUGUGAUCAAGGUCAAUAAGCAAGUCUGGUUGCCUUUCUUGAUCAGAAAAUACCACGACGAGCUACUGUUCAAUGUAAUUCUGAUGUAGGCAUCACAUUUGGUGCUAGGAAGGCCCUGGAAGUUCGAUCGCCAAGGUUCCCAUGUCAGCCGGAACAACCGAUACCCAUUCAAGCAUCAAGGUCAGAAGAUGGUGCUCAAACCAUUGUCGCCGGAGGAAGUUCAAUCUGAUCAACAGCACAUGGUGCGAAGUAGGGUACCAGGGAAGGGCAAUUCCAGUACUUCCCCCAGGUAAUGAAGGAAUCAAAUUUGG